UUUUUUAAAUCAUCACAGCCGCCAGCCUCUCUGUCCGGUGCCGUUUGCAUCGAAAUUCUCUCCAGUGCAUGAGAAAGAGCCGCUCUGCUCCGACCAAACGGCCGAAUAAAAUCUAGUGAUUGGAAAGGCAAGUCUGGGUGGAGAUCCCAGACCCAAGGUAAGCCUGAAAUAAUGAUGGAAGUUGAGCAGAAGGACGGAUCUGAUAACAGUCGGGCCAAUGGAAAUAAUCCUGCCAAACGUGGCAGAGGCAGGCCAAAAGGGUCAGUUAAGAAAAAGAUUAUCUCUGUCACAGAAGUAACACAUAAUGCCAGGACAUCAAAAAGAGUGGAUUAUUUUUCACCUGAAACAGUGUUUAGACCGAAAGUGAAGAAGCGUGGUCGCCCUAAGAAGAUAAGAAUGCCAGGACGGCCAAGAAAGAUCCCCCUUACGCCAGUAGAGGAAGCAGAGAGAAUGUUGAGGUUGAGCAAGCAAAGGAAACGGAGGCUUUCUAAGCCUCUUGGGAGACCCCGCAUCCAUCCCCUCGUAAAUAUCCCUAAAGAGAAAAGGGGACGAGGUCGACCACGCAAAUAUGAACCCAUAGCAAGAGCUUCUUCACAGAAUGGUACAGUCAAUGGAAACCUGAAGAAAAAUAUAAAGAGGAUGUCUGAGCUUAGUGAGGCCAUUCCUCGAAAGAGGGGACGGCCGCAAGGUUCAUUUAAGAAGAAACGGGGUCUGGCAGCAAGGUCACCAGCAAAACGGGCCAUUCAGGGGACUCCUAGAAAGAGGGGGCGACCUCCAGGUUCUGGAACAAAGAUAUCAGUCAGGCAGGAGUCAAAAGGAACUCCUCGGAAGAGGGGCAGACCCCCAGGCUCUGGAACGAAACAAAAGGUUAUAACACAGGAAGCUGAUGGAGCUCCUAGAAAGCGAGGGCGACCCUCAGGAUCUGUGCUGAAGAUAAAGUUUGCAGGACAGGAGACAGACGGAAUUCCUCGAAAAAGGGGGCGGCCUCCAGGUUCCGAAGCAAAGAUAAAACUGUCAUCACAAAAAGCAAAUGGAGCCCCUCGAAAGAGGGGAAGACCACCAGGUUCUGGAAAAGCCAGUACUCAUACAAAGGAGACCGAAAACAGUGAUCUGAGCAGCAGCAAUGCCAUCUCUGCCAGCAGCCAUCCGCGUAAGCGGGGCCGUCCUAGCAAGGCGAGCCUUGCUGAAGCCUCUGCAGUCAGUGAGGUGAAUGAGACAUCCGCACCUAAACGACCCCGAAACUCAUUUGCCUCAUCUGAGUACUCAGGUGUGGAGGCAGAGACAGUGGCAGAUGCUGAAGACCAAAAGGCCAGCAGGAAUGAUGCUGCAGAGAAGGCAGCUGAAGGGGUGGUUGGAGGGAAGAAGCAUAAAAAGAAGUAAAUCGAGUGCAACAGAGCACAGAAUAUUUUUGAAUGAGUUUUUAACAAAAUGAAAACAAAUUGUGUCAUCCUGAAGGUUACCUUGAAGGUACCUUUUUAUCCGUUUUAUUUUCUUUGUCGCUUGAGUUCUGUGCCUUUUGCAUGUGUUUUUAAAGACAGUUUGGUGUUCUGACGUUCUGCUCCAUGAGCUCAAUCUUAAUCCAAAGUGAAAAGCAGACCUUUUCAGAAGUCCGUUCUGAGACAAAAAGGAACGCCAGAGAACUAAAGGCACUUGAUUUUGUGCCGUUACAAAUAAGCUGUUUGCAUGACUAGCUUGUCAUCCUCCAUAAGCAAGACGUGAAUUUGGAAUUUUUUAAUUGUGCGAUUUUACCAGGUAAGAAAAUAAGAGUUGAAUUAAGGAUAAAACUCAGUAACUGCUAAAAUACAGUGUCAUGUAUGAUGUACACUAGUGUGUACUGAUUACAUCCUUGCUAGGAAAGACUUGAUGGCUAGAUUAUGUAGCAAGAAUGUUGUUUGGAGGGUCAGCAGUUUUGCUCUUUCUCCACACCGGAAUUUUGUAGAUCACUUAACAUCGUAUUUAAAAAUUUCUUGCUAAAACCCGAUUGUUGCAGUUUUUAGUAAAUAAAACCGUUCUAGUUAGUUAUCAUUGCAUCUUAAGCUUAUGUUGUCAUUUAUGUAUCCAGUAACAUCUACAUAAAAACUGUAAAUGCCAUAUUUACUCUGUUGAUGGGUUUAAAUGGCUUACAUGGAUCGAAUUUGCAGGUUGAACAGGUUUGCAAGUUUGUUUGCAUGUUUUGUUUUGUUAUAGGGAUAUGAAUUUUGACCGAUAACUGACCAUUAUUAGUCAGUGAUUAAUUGUUAACCAAUAAACCUUAACUACCUUUGAAAACACGAAACACAGCACUGUUUUAAACAUGACUUAUGUUAUUGAAUGAAAAAAAUGCAUUCUAGUGUCACAGAUAUGACGGUAACCUAAUGGAGUCUAGUACUUAUUACCUAGCCCAUAUUAUUAAACUUAACAAACAUUUAUGGCCUGACUGGGGCCAAAUGCAUAGUGUAAACAACAGUCAGUGUAAAGUCAGUAGUUCACAGCUCUUUUAAGCUUUUUUUUUAAUCAUGGAACUAACUACAUAGGGUAACCAUUAGCUAACAAGCACUUUUUCUGCACAGCUUGGCCCUAUCUUCAACAAAAGCAACAUAAAAUAAUAAAAAGACAGCACUAACCUUCUUGUGAUGGUGCUGUGAGCUACUUAUUGGAUGGUUUCAUCUCUGCAGUGUCCCAAGUCGACAGUCAGAAAAGCGGAAGUUGAAUUUAAAAAAUAGUCUGUUCAAAUAUCAGUUGCUUAUUAGAACGCAAAUAAAUGUGUAAAUAUAUAGUGUAUGUAUUUGUUGGUUAACGCUUAAUCAGUUAAUCGGUUAAUUGUUAAGAUCCCCCCCUUUUUUUUUGGGCACCUUCUACUCAAAAACAAAUGUUUUAUUUUUUUAUGUUUUUAACAUGUGAGGACAUAUAUUUUAAAGAAAAGGAUUAUAAUGUACACCUUCUUCCCUUCUUCUAUACAUGGACUAAAUUAGAACUUCUGAAAUUAUUUCUGUGAAUGUGAGACAUUUCAUAUUUUAUGUCUGUUUAAAUUGAUCCACACAUUGUGAAAGAUGACUGGUCCUUUACUUUCAAUUUCUGUCAUUCAUGUGUUUUGCCUUAUGAUACAUGUGUUCUCAUAGGAGUGAGAAUAUGCCAUGUUGUUUUUUAAAAAAAAAAAAUUACAGAAAUGUUGUGUGUGCUAUGUGUGAUGUUUUUAAGCAUUUUUGUGAUGGUGCUAUCAGAUGUUUCAUUGGUGCCAAGAGAGUAAUGUGAAGGAGGAUACCACCCAAACUCUAGAAAGUAUUGUGCAGUAUGAUGUUUAUGGGGGGAAUGGGUGUCUUUUAUGUGUUUUAUACUUAUAAAAUACUGUCAUACUUUGUUUUACGGAAAUCGCCUUCCAAUAAAGACGUUUGGGAAAAUUGAAGUUUUGAAAAUGGAAAAUUGAAACGUAGUUUUAGUGAAUCGAGUGUUUAAAAAGUCAGUGUACCCCCCCCCCCCCAAUCCCCUUGUUUUUCUUUAAAACAGUUGCACUUCACUUUGAUAUUGUAGCACUUGUAACACUUUACUGUAGGGUGUUGUUCAUAAGGCUACGUAACACCUACAUAAGCUUGUCUUGACAACUGACACAACUCUACAUAACUCUUUAUAAGUGCCUUCUACAUCAUCUGUCAUAAAGACUAGCUGACUUUGAUCGAAAUUGGCAAAUGUAACCUUUAUGACAGAUGAUGCCUGUUGGAAUAAAUGUUUAUGAGCAGUUAUGUAGAGUUAUGUCAGGCGUCUUGACAAACUUAUGUAGGUGUCAUGUAGCCUAAUGAACAGUGCCCUACAGUAAAUACUACCAUAGUUUCUUUUACUCAUUUAUCUUAAAACUGAUUUUAUUAAUUCUUCCUAUGUUUCUUUUUUUGGUUUUAUUAAUUUCACGUUUCAUGACUUUUUAAGAAUGACCGUUGUAAUUACCAUAGCAUGACCAAGUAAAAUGUCGAUGUGGUAUUAGAUUCUAUUUCAUAGCUGAGAGGACACCUAAUUCAGCAUGAUUGAUUCGCUCGGCCACAGUUAGAAAUACAAAAAGAAAGAAAAUCAAUGGUAUGUUCCAACAAUACCUAUUUAAGUAUUUUGACUAAACGUUACUAUGUUUCUUUCUCACCUUUUCCUAGGCAAUAUACUCCCAUCUGGCAGAGUCAGGCUCUUGGUAUUUUUCGUGCGUUUCAUUGUGUGCCUGGUAAAUUAGAAAGAUGCAUUGAUGUGCAUCAGAUGAGGCAUUACCCUUGUUGAUUUGAUGGUGCUGUUAUAUAAUAGGGUAGAGGUUAAUACACUGGUGUUUGGCUGCAACUAGUUCAGGAAAUAAAACUCAAAAAUCGCCCUGCAAAUUUGUUUAAUUGCAAUUAAACAAGUAGGCUAGUCUACGUGAACAUCACUUCCGCACAAAAAAAAACUUUUUAAAAUUGCAGCUCGCACUUGUGGGAUAUGGUGUUUUAUUUAGUUUAAGUCAAUGUUUAUGAUGCCUUGUUCUUUGAAACAUUUUAAGCAGUAAUCAUGGUGGUCUCUAGGUGAAACAAUGUGUUAAAAAACAACUUUUUUUUCUAAAAGUACUGACUCGCCACUUUUUUCUUCUUAUUUUUGCUUAGUCUACUUGAGAGUGCCACAGUGCAUCGACUCAUGUUCUACUCUAGCAUCUUUUUAGAUGUUUGAUUUAGGUAUUAAUCUGUACUUGUAACCAUUAGAUGCUGUUUAAUGUGAGUUCUUGUAUCUCUUGGGAUGUUACUUUACCUUAAUAAAAUAAUCAUGUUCAAUCA